UUUGACAGCACAGACUUCGGGGUGAAGUGCUGGUCUGGGAUCAGCUUUAGUGGGCUUUGUUUGGAAAGUUAGACAUGCAUUCGUAUGGGAUAUAGCUGUGUUGUCGGUCUCAGAUCAGGCAUUUGUAUGCUGGUUCCACAUGAGAAGUCACGUUGUGUAAAACAGCCCUACUUCCGCAUUCGCCGUGGUCGUGCAACUUCUCAUCAUCGCAAUGAGGCUAGCUGUGGCAGUGAGUGACCGGGCUCUGAAAUGCUUACCACAAUUAUUUUCUCCAGCUUCUUAUCUUAAACACUAUGGAACAGUGUGUAGAUACCCUUGUCAUGCACUAUCCAGAACUCUUUCUGUAUGUACAGGCAUUCCCCUUCUGAGAACACACCAACCGAUUUCAUCAUUGAAGUGCAGAACGUUAGGAUGUGCGUUUCCAAACACAAGAACAUACGCUUCAAGGAUUCCAACGCCCCCUUCUGGUGACAAGAAGAGAGGGCCAGUGACGUGGAGGUCAUUAGCAGUGACAUUUGCUAUUGGUGGGACUUUACUCGGUGCCAUGAAGAUGUUCAAGAAGGAGAAGGAAGAAUCCAUUGAGAGAGAGAGGACAAGGUCUUUAGGAAAACCGCUCCUCGGUGGACCUUUCUCCCUGGUUGACCACAACAACAAGCCGUGCAAAAGCGAAGACUUCUUUGGCCAGUGGAUUCUCAUCUACUUUGGUUUCACACACUGUCCAGACAUCUGCCCGGAUGAAAUCGAGAAAAUGAUCGAGGUUGUGGAUGAAAUUGGGAGGAUAAAGUCUCUUCCUGACCUGACGCCGAUCCUCAUCACAAUCGAUCCCGACAGAGACACUGCAGAGGCCAUGUCCGUGUAUGUGAAAGAAUUCUCUCCAAAGCUCAUUGGUUUAACGGGAGCUACUGAGCAAAUUGAUAAGGUGUCUCGAGCAUACCGGGUAUACUACAGCCAAGGACCUAAGGACGAAGACAACGACUACAUAGUUGAUCACACAAUCAUCAUGUACUUGGUUGGUCCCGACGGGGAGUUUGUGGAGUAUUACGGACAAAACAAGAAGAGUGCAGAGAUUUCAUCCUCUGUUGCGUCACACAUGCGAAAGGAGCGCUUGAAGAAGUAGGAGUGCUCUGGACAUGCUUACUGAGAGGAACAUGCACUGCUUUUGGACACAGUAGGCUCUGUGCCUCAAUCUGUGUGGGUGUUUUGCCGCUGGACUUAAUCGGAUGUCAUGGGAUGUGUGUUUUUUUUUUUAAGAGAUAAAUUAUUUAUGAGUUACACUUUGUAUUUGUGGAUUCAAAGGAAUAAUCAAUGCACUCUACCAAUCUCCAAGUCAUAAUAUCAGUUUUUUGAUUGUCAAGCAUACCAUUUUCCACCUCUGUUCUGUAUACAAAAAAUAAAAUCUCUUGUUCUAA